AUGGCAUUAGCAAAAUGGAGUAAAGACACGUUUGGUGAUAUCUUCCAAAAGAUAGCCACUUUGGAAGAUAUAAUCAAGGCAAAAGAAGUGCAGUUUGAACUCCAACCAACUCCUUUUAACAGAAGUGAAUUGAGCAAGGCCAAAGCAGAAUUGAGGAAAUAUCUAGUAGUGAAAGAGGAAGGGACUGAAGUUUCUGAUCAGAUUAAAACGGGCGAUGCAGCAGUUGAGUUUUAUCAAGACCAAUUCACAGAAGAGGGCAACAAUCAGGAGUAUGACAUGCUACAAAAUAUCCCAAAGUUAGUUACAGAUGAGCAGAACGAGGAGAUGACUAAGCUUCCAAGUAUUGAGGAAGUUAAAAAAGUGGUCUUUACUUUAAAUGGAGACAGUGAGUCGUUUAAAGGAUUUGGAAUGCCAAAAUGGGACCCUAAAAUCAAUCACUUAGCCUAUGCAGAUGACACAAUCUUGUUCGAUUCAGGGGAGAGGCAUUCAGUGAUCCAAAUGAUGAAGGUAUUGAGGGACUAUGAAAGAGUGUCGGGACAAAUGGUCAACAAAGAUAAGAGCUUUUUCUACCUGCAUGAAAAGACUCCUUUAAUUGUAACAGUCAGGUUGCGAAAGCUGACUGGAAUCAGGCCUGGUAACUUUCCAUUCACAUAUCUAGGUUGUCCUAUUUACUAUGGAAGAAAGAAAAAAUGUUAUUUUGAAGGGUUACUCAAGAAAGUUGCUGCCAGAAUUUUCUCAUGGCAAAACAAAUUCUUGUCAUUUGGUGGAAAAUACAUUUUGAUAAAUCAUGUACUGCAGUCCUUACCAAUUUAUAUGCUAUCAACACUGUCCCCACCAAAAGGUAUUAUAGAUCAAAUUCAUCAGAUGUUUGCUAAGUUCUUUUGGGGUAACUAUGCUGGAGUAAGAGGAAAACAUUGGGUUGCAUGGUCGGAGAUGUGCUAUCCAAAGAAGGAAGGAGGUCUAGGCUUUAGAUCCCUUUUUGAUACAUCAAAUGCUCUCUUUGCUAAACUGUGGUGGGUUUUUAGAACUCAGAAAUCAUUGUGGAGCACAUUCAUGUGGAACAAAUACUGCAAAAAACAUCACCCCAUAUUGGCUCAUAACAAGGGUGCAUCACAUGUAUGGAGAAAUAUGGUACGAGUUAGGGAGGAUGUAGAACACGAAAUAUGGUGGCAACAGAAAGAAGGUACUGCCAGCUUUUGGAUGGAUAACUGGACAAAACAAGGUGCUCUUUAUUACAUAGAACCACAAGGAGUAGAUGAGGAAAUAGAGGUUAAAGAGAUGAUCUUGAAUGGGCAAUGGAAUAUAGCAAGACUCCGUCAACUAUUGUCCCAUGAUAUGGUGGAUUGUAUACUGGAAAACAUCAGUCCCACCAUGAAUAUGGAUGAUCAAGAUAAAGCUUGGUGGAUGGGAAAUGCUCAAGGAGAGUUCACUAUUAAAUCAGCUUUUGAGUUAACUCGAAAGAAAAGAGAAGAGAAAGAAUGGAUGAAUAAUAUAUGGCUCAAGGGGCUACCUCUUAAAAUCUCGUUCUUUUUUUGGAGGGUCAGGAGACAAAGAAUCCCCACAGAUGAUGUUCUCAAAAGAAUGAGAGUAAAUUUGGUAUCAAAAUGUCAUUGUUGUAAUGUGGGCGAGGAGGAAACUAUACAACACCUUUUUCUAACAGCUCCCAUAGCCCAAAAGCUAUGGAAGCACUUUGCUUCAUGUGCAGGUAUUAGCUUAGAAGGAGUUCAUUUGCAACAACUUAUUACAAUCUGGUGGGACUGGCCAGGACAACACAAGGUGAAGCAAAUAUUUAAGGCAAUACCACCAAUUAUUAUGUGGGAGCUGUGGAAGAGGAGAAAUGCUCGAAAACAUGGGAAAGAGGUGUCAUAUUCGAGGUUGCUGGGACAAUGUCUACACACUGUCCAAAUGCUACUGAAAGUGAUGUACCCAAAGUUAUGUGAAGGCUUUCAGAACUGGCAGGAAAUGAUUACAAAACUAAGCGCAUAUAAACCAACUUUGUACUAUAGAUUAGUGUAUUGGNGUAACUAUGCUUGA